AUGCCGUGGAGUGUCGACGGCUGUAAACAGGACGAUGCCGCUCAGUCGGCAUUUGUGGAAGCUACCCUAUUCAAUACCAAAACAAACACCUUCCGAGUAUACCAUCCCCUCAUCAUUCAAAAGGGAUCGACACCACUAGCUCCUCCGACACCCAUCACUGUGGACGCGAAUGAGGUAGUAGGGCUUUGGUUUGGUGCGAAUGGUAACCUGCUGAUUCUGGUUGAUUCUGGAGGGUCGUUGAAGCAGGGUGUUUGUGUAAACGGAUUAGACGGAAGUCCAUUUGGACAGUUUGCACAUUGUAACGCUAUCGCUUUCUGGACUGCUACGAAUGCUGCUAUUAAAGCAGGUGCCUUGACAAUUCCGCCGCUGGGUAAUGAUAUGAUGGGCAAGCCGUGUCCCACUACUCGAUCAUUUGAACAUGUGGAUCAAGACCCGGCCGAUAAUAUUGUGACAUCAUAUAUUACGAUGGGUGGGAUGUUUGCACAAAACAUUCCACAAAACGUCGCGAAGUUCCCAACUGCUACUGUAUUGGCCAAUCCGGGAGAUAAUCGUUUGCUUGAUGUUGCAGUCAAUCCGGCUAUAGGAUGCAAACCAUUCACAGCAAUAGACGCCACCGACCCCUCCGGAAACACACAAACCGGCUCAUUGGCUCUCAACGAACUCUCAGCUGCUGCUAAUCAGGCUCCUCCUAUAGCUUACAUGCAACCUGGAAAUCCAAUGACGCUGGACGGAAAGGGAGCAUACAGUGUCCCCAAACUCAAUCUAUAUCGCAUUGCAGUCAAUCAAGCCCCCGUUGAUGCAAAUGCUAAUUUGACUUCAAUGGACAUAUCGUACUGUAUGAAUCUACUCAAUAUUGGAGCGCCGUAUGUUCAGGCUUAUUCCAGUCUGUUUGCGGCAAAGAAAUCUCCUACUGCUGUGGCCACCAACUUGUUCACAUUUAUGGUGCAGCGUUAUGCUACUGCAUGGACCAAUACAAAAUGUCCAGAUCUCAUUGGAACAGGAAUCAUGCCAAUCGAAGCUAUCAUGGACGCCAACCAAGUCUGUACUGGCGGUAUCUUCCAUUUCGCAACGGCACAAUGUCCUGCUACACCAAUGACCAUUAACUCUCCAACGAUCAUGAAUGGUACUGCGGCACCACCACCUGUUGCUGCUGGUGGUGCUCCUGCACCCGCUGCUCCUGCUCCAGCAGCUGCUACUGGUUCGACUGUUCCUAUAUUGGUUAACGCUCCAUGCAAUGCUAAAAUCGCCGUACAGUAUCCAUCUACGUGCCCAAGUGGUCCUAUGCGUCUCAGUGCUCGUCAAUUAUCCAGUCUUCAAGAAUCAAUGGUGCAACAAGCUGUCAAUGAGUUUGAAGCUCGUCUGCAUGCUAUUUAUCCUGUGCCUACAAAUCCGCUGACAACAGGUCUUGGAACGGCAUGGGUUGUCAAUGGUUGUAAACAAGACGAUCCAGCUCAGAAUGCCUUUGUGGAAGCGACCCUAUUCAACACGAAAACAAACGCCUUCCGAGUAUACCACCCGCUCAUUAUCCAAAAGGGCUCCACACCAUUAGUGCCCCCAACACCCAUCACUGUUGACGCGAACGAAGUAGUGGGUAUUUGGUUUGGUGGGAAUGGUAAUUUGGUCUUGCAGGUUGAUUCUGGAGGGUCGUUGAAGCAGGGUGUCUGUGUGAAUGGAUUGGACGGAAGCCCAUUUGGACAGUUUUCUCAUUGUAACGCUAUCGCCUUCUGGACUGCUACAAACGCCGCCAUCAAAGCUGGAGCGUUAACAAUCCCACCGUUGGGUAACGAUAUGAUGGGAAAACCGUGUCCCACUACCCGAUCAUUCGAACAUGUCGAUCAGGAUCCUGCCGAUAAUAUAGUAACGUCGUACAUCACCAUGAAUGGAAUGUUUGCACAAAACAUUCCACAAAACGUGGCGAAAUUCCCAACUGCUACUGUAUUGGCCAAUCCGGGAGAUAAUCGAUUGCUUGAUGUCGCAGUAAAUCCGGCUAUUGGGUGUAAGCCAUUCACAGCUGUAGAUGCUACCGAUCCAACUGGAGCCACGAUGACGGGCUCAUUGGCUCUGAAUGAACUGUCGGCGGCUGCGAAUCAGGCCCCUCCUAUCGCUUUGAUGCAACCUGGAAAUCCAAUGACGUUGGACGCAAAAGGAGCAUACAGUCUUGCCAAACUCAAUUUAUAUCGUACUGCAGUCAAUCAACCUCCACUCGAUGCCAAUGCAAAUCUGACUGCAGUUGAUAUAUCGUACUGUAUGAAUCUUCUCAAUAUCGGUGCUCCGUAUGUUAUGGGUUAUUCCAAUCUGUUUGCGGCAAAGAAGUCUCCUACUGCUGUGGCGACCAACUUGUUUACGUUCAUGGUCCAACGUUAUGCCGCUGCAUGGACUAACACGAAGUGUCCUGAUCUCAUCCAAACCGCAAUCAUGCCAAUCGAAGCCAUAAUGGAUGCAAACCAAGUCUGUACAGGCGGUAUCUUCCAUUUCGCAUUGGGAGGAACAUGUCCUGCUACACCAAUGACAAUCAACUCUCCAACGAUUAUGAAUGGUACUGCCACUACACCCCCUGCUGGUGGUGGCGCUGCUGCAACUGCUCCUGCUACUAUUGCUGGUGCUACUGUCCCUAUACUGGUGAACGCUCCAUGCAGUGCUAAAAUUGCUGUACAAUACCCGUCUUCGUGCCCAACUGGUCCUAUGCGUCUCCGUGCUCGUCAAUUAUCUAGUGUGCAGCAAUCGUUGGUGCAGAAGGUUGUGGAUGAGUUUGAGGCUCGUCUGCAUGCUAUUUAUCGAGAUCUUUAA